AUGGCGCAUCCACUCUCAGCUCCGAAUCUAUCCAUUCCGGCAUCACAAAAUGUUGUCGACGUCAGUAUCAUCGACAGCACCGCGAGGAUUCGCGUCCCUAUGGCGUCCUUCGUGAAGAACCCACUCCCCGGACACGAAUGGCUCGAAUGUCCCGCUUUCGUCUUCCUCGUCGAGCAUCCGUCGGGGAAAAAGGCCCUCUUCGACUUGGGUGUGAGAAAGGAUAUCGACGGGUUUCCGCCCGCAAUUCUUUCCGUCAUGAAAGGGAGGUUUACGAUUGAUGUUGAGAAAGACAUUGCGACGAUUCUCAAAGAAGACGGGCGAGUGGGUCUGGAUGAGAUCAAUAGCAUCAUCUGGAGCCACUGGCAUCUUGACCAUAACGGGGACCCCUCGACGUUCCCAUCAUCCACGGAGCUGGUCGUGGGGCCGGGAUUCAAAAACGCCUUUCUACCCGGGUAUCCCGCCAACCCCCAAGGGCUCGUUCUCGAGAGCGAUUACCAAGGCCGGGAGUUGCGAGAAGUGAAUUUUGAGGGUGGCCUCGAAAUUGGUGGCUACAAAGCCUUCGACUUCUUCAACGACGGGAGCUUCUAUCUCCUCGACUGUCCCGGUCACACCAUCGGCCACAUCGCCGCUCUGGCGCGAACCACAGAGUCGUCUUUUAUCCUCAUGGGCGGAGACGGUUGCCACCACUGCGGCUCGUUGAGACCUACGGAGUACCUACCCCUUCCCGACCAGCUGUCGCCGUCUCCCUUCUCCGAACCUCCGCAUGCUCCGGGAUCGUUCUGCGCGGGCCACCUGCUGGAACAGAUCCACCCCGAGCACAGCCGCACGGCACCCUUUUACGCGCAGCUGUCAGAGGCCCCCGGUCGUGACGUGGCAGAAGCAGAGGCCUCGAUCUGUAAGAUGGCGGAUUUUGAUGCCAACGACGACAUUUUCGUCGUCAUUGCGCAUGAUCGGAGUCUUUUGGGAGUUAUCGAUGUUUUUCCUAACUCGGCUAAUCACUGGCGAGAGAAGGGUUGGAAACAAGCAGGCCGGUGGAGGUUUCUGGAGGAUUUUCGACACCAGGCUGAGAAGCUUAAAACUGAGUCGGAUGAAACCCAAUGA